AUGGCCAAGGUUUCAUCCAAAAAGACUUCGGUCCAGAAGACCGAGUCUCCUAAAAGCACCAAGUCGAUCUCUCCCCAGCUGAUCGCGUCAGUCGCCGCUUUCCUUUCCGACAAAUUCCCCGAGACUAGCGCCGCGUUUGUCAAAGAGGCCAAGCCCUCCAAGAAGGGCGAUGCGAAGAAUGUGCCCUCUCUCGUCGACAUUUUCCAGGCUUCUGAGAAGAACGCUGGCGUGAAGAAGGCUGCAAGCUCCAGCUCUUCUUCUAGCUCUUCUUCCAGCUCCGACAGCGACUCCGACAGCUCCAGCUCCAGCGAUUCGGACGUCGAGAUGGAUGAUGCUGCUGGCUCAUCCUCAUCCUCGUCUUCUUCCAGCUCUGAUAGCGACGCCGACGAUGAAGAUGAUGACCAGUCUCCCGCCUCCCCUGCACCGGUCAAGAAGACCACUGGCGUCAAGCGCAAGGCUGAGUCCAGCAGCGAGUCCAGCAGCUCUUCCUCUGACUCCGAGUCGGAGGACGAUAGCCCCAAGGCCAAGAAAGCCAAGGUCACAAAGGAGGCCGCUGAGUCCUCUUCUUCCUCCUCUUCUUCGUCCGACUCAUCUUCCUCUUCGGAAUCCUCCAGCUCGGAGUCUGACUCGUCCUCCGACUCUUCCUCCGACUCCUCUUCUGACUCCUCUUCUUCCGACUCCUCUGAUUCAUCCUCCGAGUCCGAGUCAGAGAAGAAGUCUAAGAAGGCUCUGAAGCAGGCUAAGAAGACUCCUCUUCCCAAGUCUGACUCCUCCAGUGAUUCCGAUUCCACCUCCACCAGCAACACUGUCGCCGCCUCCCCAGAGGUCAAGCCCGUCACCAAGGUCGUCAAGGUUGAGACUACCUCCUCCAGCGCCAGCCCCGCCCCCCACAACCCUCCCGCUAAGAAGAAGCACACCGGAGCUCGUCCCACUCCCCUGGCUCUGCUGAGCGAAUUGCCACACGACCACCCCUCUAACGACUAUAUGUCCUACGCCUACGCUGACCGCGCCUGGAAGGACCUCUCUGUGACUCGCGGCAAGGGCUUCACCAAGGAGAAGAAUAAGAAGAAGCGCGGAUCUUACCGUGGCGGUCCCAUUGACAUUGGUCCUGCCAAGACUUCUUACAAGUUCGAAGACUAA